CAGUGAAAGGAUUUCCUGUUGACGGGAGUGUUCUGUUAUCUGAGGAAGGGCCUGUUGGCAGGAAAUGUGUCAGCCUCUUGUUUUCUUUAAAGUAAAAGGACAUACCGUGGAUUGCUUAUUUUGACCCGGACAAUGGUAGGAGAGAAUGGCUUUUCUCUCAACCUGCCGUUUUAUUGGUGCAUGUCAGCUCAUCAAUUUCCUGCUGUUGCUGUCCAUCACAGCAUACAGGCAAAGUGAAGACUGAUCUGUUUAUGCCAGUGUGUGACUUGGGCUAAAGAAUGCAAUGGAAGGAUUUGAAGGAAUUUGUGCAGGAACGUUGAUUCCAGCGAUACUUUUCAGUAUAGCCUAAUCCACACAUGCCCAGGUGUCUUGGUCUAAAUGGGUCCCGUCAUGCCUCCAAGUAAGAAACCGGAAGGUUCCGGUAUCAGUGUAACUAGUGGUCUGAGCCAGUUCUACCAGGCCAGCUCGUUCACCAAGGCCCUGCAGGAGGAGGAGGAGAUGGACCUCAAACCCCCCAUCAUCAAGCUGGAGAAGGGGAACCUGGACGACGAGGAGCUCACCAACCUAAACUGGCUCCACGAGAGCAAGAACCUGCUCAAUAGUUUUGGGGACUCGAUGCUGCGGAGCGUGAGCCCCGUCCAGGAGCUGGACGACGACACCCCGCCCUCGCCUGCUCAGUCCGACCUUCCCUACGACGCCAAGCAGAACCCCAACUGCAAGCCCCCCUACUCCUUCAGCUGCCUCAUCUUCAUGGCCAUCGAGGACUCGCCCUCCAAGAGACUCCCUGUUAAGGAUAUAUAUAACUGGAUUCUCGAACACUUCCCCUACUUUGCCAACGCCCCCACAGGGUGGAAAAACUCAGUCCGGCACAACCUGUCUCUCAAUAAGUGUUUUAAGAAAGUGGACAAGGACAGAAGUCAGAGUAUUGGGAAAGGCUCCUUGUGGUGCAUAGACCCGGAAUACAGACAGAAUCUAAUUCAAGCGUUGAAGAAGACACCUUAUCAUCCGUACUCCCAGGCGUUCACCACACCCCCCACUUCUCCUCAGGCAUAUCAAAGCUUGUCCAGUCCUCCUCUUUGGCCAGGGAGUCCCUACUUCAGAAAAAAUGGAGGAGUCCUCUUACAAGAUCCCGAAAUUGAUGCUGCUGCAACCAUGAUGCUUUUGAAUACACCUGACCUCCCGACCUCUUUCCCUCAGGGAGUGAUCCAGAACGGUGCCAGGAUGGUGGGCCAGACCAUGUUUCCGGGAAUCAGACCCCUUCCCAUCAACCCCAUCGGGAGCAGGACGGCCACAGUGAGGUCCGUCAUCGGCGGGUACAGGAUGCGCAGCGACAGCGAGCAGUCCAGCGACUCCCCGUUGGUCAGCAGUGACCCCAAGGAGGAUCACAACUACAGCAGCGCCAAAUCUUCCAGCCUCCGCGGGGGCGCCUCCCCCAGCACCGCCCUGGGAGAGGAGGCCCCCCGGGAGGGCAGCGAGGCCAGCUUCCACUGCAACGACACCAACAGCGACACGGAGGACGACGACAAGAGCAAGAUCAAGAAGGAGCCCAAGGACUUGUCCCUGGACGCCGUCUCCCUGGCCCAGCACAAGAAACGGCAACAUUUGACAAAAGCCAAACAGAAAGUGUCCAGCGAUACGCUGCCCCUAAAAAAACGGCGCACGGAGAAGCCCCCUGAAAGCGACGACGAGGAGAUGAAGGAGGCGGCGGGGUCCCUCCUGCACCUGGCGGGGGUCCGGGCCUGUUUAAACAAUAUCACCAAUCGGACGGCAAAGGGGCAGAAGGAGCAAAAAGAUUCUAUGAAAAAUUAAGACUGAAUAAAGAAGAAAAAAAAAAACAUCACUUUUAAUAGAAUUUACAAUUUUUGUUUUUUUUUCAGGACAUCAGGUGAAUUCUAAUGAUUUGUGGCAAUAUCAACAAUCACUUUGUUUUCCUAUCCUUUCGAAACUGUUGUUUGAGGGUUUUUUUUUUCUUUAAAGGAGAUUAAAGCCAUAGCGAAACUUUUUUCCGAUCUUCAGCUAAUUUAGGAACACAAUUUUUUGUCAGCUGAAAUCGAAGCGAGAGUCAGAUAAGGCAAACAAAAAGUCGACUCCCCGAAUUUUCCGAUUGGCAUUGGUACAGACACAGCAGGGAAUUAUGGCUUUAUUUAUUUUCCGAACAUUCUGUAGCAAUCCCCCCUAUUACAGUGCACCUAAACAGAAUGGGGAAACUGAGCCAUUUUCAAUGUGAUGUUGCUAGGGGCUCGAGCGGCCCAUCCGACUGUAGUUUUUGCGGACGUCCUUGGCUUUGAAAUGCUUGCAGGCAGCACUACAGCAGCAAGUGUCUUUACUGUGAACACUUGGAUAGUAUAGUGCCAAAGACGAGCCCUGGGUAAGCCAGCAGUGACGAUUGCACUUCUUAUGCUACUGUGUUGUCAGUAUGGCUGGCGUGCUAACCGCUAACCUGGGCUAAUUACACGACUGAGUACCGAGGUUGAGGAAGACAUUGAUGUAGUGAGGGAAAGGAAUUGGAUACUGGUUAUCAGUUUUCACCACAGAAUUCAGUCUUCAAUAACAGGAAACUGAUUCAAAAGCCAUAAGCUGUCGUUUCAAAUCAGUGCGUGCAAAAAAAAAAUACAUUGAAAUAACUUCAAAACUGCCUGUUCUUUUUGUAAACAAUUGAAUUGUUAAAAAGUUAUAAUCAAGUGAUAUGAAUAUAGUGAUAUUUCUCUGUGGCGCAGUAAAACUGAAUAACUUGAUGGGAUAAAUUGAUGCUACAAAACCUGCCAAUAGUGUUUUAGCGACAAAAAAUAAUGAAAUAACUGUGGAAUUAUUAUUUUUGUUACUUUGUUUUUUUGUUUUUAUUUCAUACCCUCAUGACGUAAUAAGCAAUGUCAUCCAGUCAGGAUAACACUGUAUAAAAGUUACACUAGAUUAUUUUUCCUUUAUUAAUUUAAGCAAUGUAGCCAGCAGGAUUUUCCAAAUCGUGUUGCAUGGGUUCUGUAAACAAAAACUGUUUUUUAUUCAAAGUUCAUGUAAGGUAAAUAAUGUAUUUAGCAUGGAGCAUGAAUUAUUUUCAUAUAUAGAUCCUAGAGAAAAAGGGUUUGCCUCUAAUUUUUAUGCCCAUAGGCCUAGAAUUUUGUUUUGUGUUUAUUUGAUUUUAUUUUAUGUCUUUUUCAUAUUUGUUUUGAAGCAGGAUUUUAAAGAUAAACCUUCUUCAGGGACAAACACUGACUGUUGGGAAACUUACUCUGCAAUAUGAAGACUUCACAUUUCCAGUUGGGUUUGAGUGGUUUAUGAAACUGCCUUGUGUCUACGCCACCAGCCCACUUCUGCUUUUCAAAAAGUAUAAUGUUCAAGUGUCCGGGGUUUUCGAUCUGUAAAUGUUUUAGCUUGCAUAAAUAAGGAGAAGUUAGUAGUGAGUGUGAGUUCCCAGCUAUGCCCCCCUGCCAUCUGAGACCUUACCACCCACCCCCCCCCUCACUGACACCCCCCACCCCCUCCAAGCAUUGUGCCUGCUUUAUGUACAAACAUGUCUUCGGAUGUCUUCAAUAUUUCAGGGUCUUCCUUUUUUACAUUUUUAUUUGAUGAUGCAUUUGUUGUUCAUUUGCGUGUGAGUGUUUGUUGUGCGUGCAUGCGUACAUUUCAUUUGUUGCCAAUUUGGACAGUUUUAUUUACAGUACUGUUCAGGAUACGCUGACAGUAUCAAUUACCAUCAAUUAGUUUUUUUUUUCUUUUUUUAAUGUGAUUGUUAAAUAAACAUAACAAGAGUGCAAACAUUAGCUUGCCAGAUUGCACUAAAAUAUUGAAUUAAGGAUCUUAAAUUUCAGUGCCAAAUCUUGUAAGUUAGAUUUAUAUAAAACAAAUGGCAAAUGAAAUAGUCUAUAUAUAAAAACAAUGAAUUUGCCAGUGGGUAAGUAACCCUAUGCUCAAUCAAGAUGAGAACAAAAAGGCAUUCGUAGUCAUCCAUUAUUAAUACUGAUGUAUUUUAUGUGGGUGGCACACCCUUAUUUUCAGCUCAGAAUCUCACUGUGUUGUUUCCUUUUUGUACCUGUCCAGGUUUGUGAAGUGAAUACUUGUAUUGGGAUCUUGAUUAGAAUUAGAAUCCUACAACAAAUCCUUGCCUUUUUCUUUUGUUUUGCCCAUUCCCAUCUUAGCAAUUGUCCUCUACUGGCCAUUGGCAAGGUCCCUGUUAUUUAAGGGAGAUUUUUCUACGGUCAAGCAGAGGACAGAAACUAUUUAUAUUUUUUAAGGUAAAUUUAGGGGGGGAAAUGCAAUUAUUAAAACUGUGUUUGUAACCGAAGACUAAGAGAGAAAAGCUGUCCAGACAGAACUGCAUGUUCACUGCCUUCCCAUAAAAUGAGCACUCACUACGUAACUUUUCCUUUAGCUUCAUGUUGUUGAAAUGGGAGAAACGUUAACAAGAAAUAGUGAUCAUGAUGUUAAUACUAGCCAAGCAAAUAAUUCUCAUUGAGGCCAAUAUCCUUGUUUUGUUUAGUUUUUUAUUGUUUUAAAAAAAAUAAAUAACUGCCAUUUUUUGUUUAAUUUGAGAAGGUUUUCUCAGAGGAAAAAAAGGUGAAAGAUCAAUUCAUUUCUUAUUGUUUGUUUUGAAAUACACGGUCUGAUGGCAUGUGCACCCAGCCGAUCUGUUUUGAAAUAAGAAACUGUCAAUACAGAGGCAUACUUGCAUUCUAUAUUUCCUUGAUGUGUAAUCAUAUUGCCAAAGACAAACUAUUUCAUCAAUUAAUGUAAAUAUCACGUUGUCCAUUACUAUGACAAAAAAAGAAAACUUUUGUUUUUAUUUUUAUUUUUCUGAAACCUACCAUAAAGUUUCUGUGAUGUAUUGUCUUCCAGUUGCAAUAAAAAAAAGAGUUGCAAAAAAGA